UAUCCCGGUGGAAGCCCGCGCCCUCCCAGCCGAUAGCUGCCUCGCUCGGUCUGCUUGUUGUUGUCUCACGGGGCUUGAGUGUGACGUUGUGACGGUAUCAUGGUUUGCAGGGCUCCGCCGCAGUAGCAGCAUAAGAAGAGGAAGAAGCAGGACAGUAGCCGUGUGUUCCAAGCAGCCAGUCCGGACUCUCUUCCAUCUCCUAUCUAUCGAGCGCAGGACGCAGCCAGAACAAGCAGAGCAUCCCGUCUCUCUCGUCCCCCAUCGCUACGCUCGGUGAUCAUCAGCUCGCGGAGCUCUCCGUUUGAUAAAGGGUAUUCAGACGAGGAGGCAUACAAAGGUUGUGACCAGGGACCUGGUAGGUGUUGUUGCCGCUGUAGUCCAUCGCUGAGGUUGUCUCAGAGACCAAGUGUGUUUCGCCACGGUGUUGCGUCGUUGCCAUGGGGAAACAGAACAGCAAGCUGAGGCCGGAGAUGCUUCAGGACCUGAGAGAGAACACCGAGUUCUCCGACCACGAACUACAGGAGUGGUACAAGGGCUUUCUGAAGGACUGUCCCAGCGGCAACCUGAACGUGGAGGAGUUCAAGAAGAUCUACGCCAACUUCUUCCCUAGGAGAUGCCUCCAUUUAAACGAGCACGUCUUCCGAACGUUCGUGUCACCAACAACGACGGCACCAUCGUUCUUCCGGGAGUUCAUCAUCGCGCUGAGUGUCACGUCACGGGGAAAGCUGGAGCAGAAACUGAAGUGGGCCUUCAGCAUGUAUGACUUGGAUGGGAAUGGGUACAUCAGCCGUGAUGAGAUGUUGGAGAUCGUACAGGCCAUUUAUAAGAUGGUGUCAUCUGUGAUGAAGAUGCCGGAGGAUGAGGCCACGCCGGAGAAGAGAACAGACAAGAUCUUCAGACAGAUGGACCUCAAUAAUGAUGGUAAACUGUCACUGGAAGAGUUCAUUAAAGGUGCCAAAAGUGAUCCCUCUAUCGUGCGGCUACUCCAGUGUGACCCCAGCUCCGCCUCCCAGUUCUAACCCACGCCCACCCUGAUUGUUAUGGAAAUAGUAACUCCAAUUAGUUUAUGAUGGUUCUCAUCACUCAUAUAUUUUUGGUGUACAAGAUGGAGAAAGCAAAAAUCAUGAUCAUUUUAUUUACUUUUUUUUUUUAAGGAAAUAAGGGACAUGCAUACAUUAUUAUUCAGAAGAUGAUACGACAACUGAGAAUACAAAAAACAAGCCGUUGUCCGAUGUGUUUUACUGUCUCUCUCUGGAUCCGGAAGGAUGGAAUUCUGAAAGAAUGGGAUGGAAUUCUGGAAGAAUGGGAUGGAAUUCUGGAAGAAUGGGAUGGAAUUCCGGAAGAAUGGGAUAGAAUUCCGGAAGAAUGGGAUGGAAUGCCGGAAGAAUGGGAUGGAAUUCUGGAAGAAUGGGAUAGAAUUCCGGAAGAAUGGGAUGGAAUUCCGGAAGAAUGGGAUGGAAUUCCGGAAGAAUGGGAUGGAAUUCCGCUGAGCUCCGCUGCGUCACAACGUCAGAAAGUCCGUCUGCCAUUUUUACAAAGUCUGUUUAUUUUGGGGAAGAUAAUGAAGGGAACAUUCCAUCCUGAGAACCAUGCAUGGGCCAUCUGUGUUCUAAUCAUUCUGUUCAAAAGAUUCCGUUCCCCUCCAAUUAAGGCACAGCUCCUCCAAUCCUUUUCCACUUGUAUAUCCAUAUUUAUGUGUAUAUGACAUUAUACGAAAUGAAUAGGCAAGUAUAUCUAUCUGUCUUUAUAACUCCUGUUGCAUUCAGAAGGCAGUAUCAUGUAGAUGCUUUGUUUGUUCUGAUCCAAUAUGGGAAUUGCCUAAUCGUUUGUUCAUAGAGGGAACAUGGGACCGGAACAGAGAAAGAAGUUGUGAUGUUUCUGAAAUAUGAUCUUUCACUGCGGUAAAGAAAGCUAUUGGGUUUUUAUUACUGAUGUUAUAAAUGUAUUGUUAUUAUUGAUUCAUUUAAAUGUUUUAUUGUUAUAAUUUUUUUUUGUACAUAAUAUUGUUUUCCUCAUGUUGUUUAUUUGUUUUUAUUUAUUUUCAUUGUUGUGGUUUUUAAUUUGAUUUGACAUUGAAGAUGAUUAUAACACAGUCCUGGAGAGGAAUUCCAUUGAUAGAAAGAAAGAGAAAGAAAUGAGGACUGUUCCUUCUCAUAUGGACAUUGACUUGUCUUUGGGAACCGUCCGUCUCUGUCCAAGAUGGAAUGUGGAGAUUCCAAAGUUCGGCAUUGGAAGGGAAAAAUUUGAAUAUUCUAGAAUAUUUAUAUCAGGUGAUUCCAUAAUGCAUUUGAUCAAUGAAACCAGUAGCAGCACAUCAUAUAAUUUGAGCCUCCACGAGUGUAUGUAUGCAUGCAUGUAUGCAUGUAUGUGUGUGUGUGUGCAUGUCUGAGUGUGUGUAUGUUUAGUUGUGUGCAUGUGCAGGCUUUAACCUUUAACAGUAUUACACAUUCGUGUUGUUUAUUAUUAAUAUGUCAUAUAAGUAUUUAAAGUUAGUUAUUUUAACACUUUUAUCGCAUCACUGAGCGGUGAAGUACAGUAGCCACGUCGUCACACGCCUCACUGCAUGGUGCACAAAACACAAAAACCCCCCAUCACAAAACAGUUCCAUUUCAUAGCUCUACUUUCUUCAGCAGCCUACCAGACCGCACACAGAAGACACACCGACAUGCCGUCUUUGCGCACUCUUGUGCGUGUGUGUCACUUUGGGACAAACCCCCUCCCUCCUUCUGCCAGACACAGAGCACAACACACUAAGGGCUUGAUUAU